AUGUCCUACUACCCGCCCUACCAGGGCGCCCCGGGCUAUCCCCCGCCCCAACAAUCUUACCCCCCGCAGCAGCAGCAGCAGUACCCAGGCAUGCAUCAUCAACAGCAGUCUUACGGUGGCUAUCCUGGCCAGUCCUACCACCAGCAGGGACCGCCGCCGCAACAGUCCAACCCAUACGGAUACAGCCAUUCUCCGCAGCCGCCCCAGCAGCCUUACGGAUCGCCCGCUCCACAACACGGUUAUAACGGGCCUCCGUCCGGAUACCAGCAGCCGCCUAGCGGUCAGCCCAUGCACCAAGCCCAAGGCGGGCGCCAGCAGGGAAACUACGGCCAUCAGUCCGGUGGUAACCCGCCCCCGCCUCCAACUGGGGCGGUCUCAUUUGGUAACGGUGCCCCGCAAGGAUAUAGCUUCCAGUACUCGCGCUGUACUGGUAAGCGCAAGGCGCUCCUGAUAGGAAUCAACUACUUCGGCCAGAAGGGUCAGCUGCGUGGAUGUAUCAACGAUGUCAAGAACAUGUCCACAUACCUAAACCAGAACUUCGGCUAUGCCCGUGAAGACAUGGUCCUUCUCACCGAUGAUCAGCAGAACCCCAUGAGCCAGCCGACCAAGGCGAAUAUCCUGCGCGCUAUGCACUGGCUGGUUAAGGAUGCGCAGCCCAACGAUUCGUUGUUCUUCCAUUACUCGGGUCACGGCGGUCAGACACCAGAUCUUGAUGGUGAUGAGGAUGAUGGAUAUGAUGAAGUCAUCUAUCCUGUCGACUUCCGGGUCGCUGGUCACAUUGUUGAUGAUGAGAUGCACCGAAUCAUGGUCCAGUCGCUGCGCCCCGGUGUGCGCUUGACGGCCAUCUUUGAUUCAUGCCACUCCGGUUCCGCUCUCGACCUUCCCUACAUCUACUCCACCUCUGGCGUGCUCAAGGAGCCCAACUUGGCCAAGGAAGCCGGCCAAGGUCUCCUGGGUGUGGUGUCGGCAUAUGCGCGGGGCGAUAUGAGUAGCAUGAUGUCCUCCGCUAUGGGCUUCCUCAAGAAGGCCACCAAGGGCGACGAAGUGUACGAGCGCAACAAGCAGACAAAGACCAGCCCUGCGGAUGUUAUCAUGUGGUCUGGCAGCAAGGACGACCAGACGAGUCAAGAUGCCCAGAUUGCUGGCCAAGCUACUGGUGCCAUGUCGUGGGCUUUCAUCGCCGCCCUGCGGAAGAACCCCCAGCAGAGCUAUGUCCAGCUGCUUAACAGCAUUCGGGAUGAGCUUGCGUCCAAGUAUACCCAAAAGCCGCAGUUGAGCUGCAGCCACCCUCUGGACACGAACCUUCUUUAUGUGAUGUAA